CACCGCUCAGUACCUCUCACACCGCCGUGAGUUUUGAACGCGCCAUGAUCGUUCACCGUUACGAAAAACCGUCGUGAGUGUUGCUAACGAAUUUUCUUGUGAAUUUAUGAUGGAUCUCUUCAACCUAUUUGCUGUCGCUAUUCUACUACAAGUUAUCCCGGCCUUAGUUGGAGCAUCGUGCAGAUAUCCGGGGUCGCCUGCGCAUUCGCGCGUUACUUUCUCCGACGAUGAACUCCAAGAAGGCACUAUAGCAUCUUACUCGUGCGAGCAAGGCUUCGAACUUCUUGGCCCUUCCAGAAGAAUUUGUGAUGCCGGUCGCUGGAGUCCUGACGGCGUUCCAUUUUGUGUUAUCAACGUCGCUGCCGGAAAAGCGCCUAUGCAAAUCUCUACAGAUGAGGGCGCUGUACCUCAAAAGGCCCUGGAUGGCAGCACGUCGUCCGCCUUCAGCGCGGAAACCUGCACCCUCUCUAAAAUAGAAAGAGCCCCAUGGUGGUACGUCAACCUUCUGGAACCCUACAUGGUACAACUUGUCAGACUCGACUUCGGGAAGCCUUGUUGUGGAAUGAACACUCCAGCAACGAUAGAAGUGCGAGUUGGCAAUAAUAGACCCGAUCUUGGAACAAACCCAAUCUGCAACAGGUUUAUCGGUUUCCUGGAACAGGGACAGCCGCUAUUUCUACCCUGCAACCCCCCAAUGCCGGGCGCUUUUGUCAGUGUUCAUUUGGAAGCCGCAAUCCCAAGUCAGCUGUCCAUCUGUGAAGCGUUCGUGUACACGGAUCAGGCGUUGCCAAUAGAAAGAUGCCCCCAAUUUCGGGAUCAACCACCCGGCAGCACUGCGACUUACAAUGGCAAAUGUUACAUUUUCUAUGAUCGGCAACCAGCCAGCUUUCAAGAAGCUCUCGCAGUUUGCCAGUCAAGAGGAGGCUCGUUGGUAGUCGAAAGUAAUCCAGCCCUACAAGGUUUCAUAAGCUGGGAGCUUUGGAGACGUCAUAGGAGCGAUAGUAGCAGUCGAUACUGGAUUGGGGCCGUCCGUGACCGAGAAGACCCAAAAGACUGGAGGUGGGUCAACAGUGGCACACUCAUCAAGCUGACGUUCUGGAAGAACCUUGUAUGGCGCGAAAACUGCGCAAUGUUCGACGGCAGCAAAGAGUGGCUCUGGGCCGACGUCAACUGCGACUCCAGAUUGAACUAUAUUUGUCAACACCAACCUAAAGCAUGUGGUAGGCCAGAACAACCACCUAACUCGACUAUGUCUACGGAACACUUCCCAGUGGGGGCGACUGUGGAGUACUCUUGUGAUGAAGGGCACCUGCUGGUCGGACCCACUGUAAGGACAUGCUUGGAUACGGGAUUCUACGAUGAAUACCCGCCUCUUUGUAAACGAAUAGAAUGCGGACGCCCCGCGGAGAUAGAGCACGGCAGUUACAAGCUGAUGAACGUGUCAGUGUCGUACCUGUCGCAUGUACAAUAUGAAUGCGAGCCCGGCUACGAGAUGGUGGGUCGAUCGCGCCUGGUGUGCGAUAUUGACGAGCGGUGGAACGGUCCGCCACCGCGCUGUGAUGUCGUACAAUGCGAGCAGCCGCCGAUUAUCCCGAACGGACGCGUGACAGUCUCAAAUAACGCAUCGGUGUUCGGUGCAAUAGCGGAGUACACUUGCUCUAAAGGCUUUCAAUUGCGCGGCGCACGCAAGAUCAAAUGCCUCGAUUCUGGCUUGUGGGACAAAGCCGUGCCACAUUGCGACCCUGAGGAGCGCAGAUCGAAAACAACCACAACAACGACGACCACUACUACAAGCACUACAAAACGUCCGUCAACCAAUCCUGUUUUAACAUCACACGCUCCUACAACUCCGCGUUUUGUCCUUCCCACCAAGCCAAGAACACAGAGGCCAAUCUCAUCUACCGUCUCUUCCGAAGCUCCAGACCUACCUUCGACUCGAAAACCCCGACCAAGAAUCACAACAACGGAGCGCCCCACUAAUAAGAGCUCUGAAAUACCGCAUACGAGAAAAAUCACAGUGUCAGAUUCUCAAGGCUCACCCACUAGUCAUGUUCCGCAUAUCAUUGUGGCGAGUCAUUCGAGAGAAAACCAGAUCUUAGACAUUGGUAAUAAUAUCAGUGCAAAGCAGACGCCCCGCAAAAAUGUACCGCCAGUCGAUGGUGAACGACGGGAGACGAGUGGGUUACGGCACAACAUCGCUGCUGUAGUCGCCAUUACGGCCGUGGCGGCUAUUGUUGUUCUGAUUCCAAUAAUUACCACCAUCAUCUACAUAGUCAGAAGCAGGAAACACAAGAAAGAUGAAAACGAAAAGAGAGAUCACAGGCGCUUCCUCACCCCCGAUAUCACCAUCGCCUCACUCGACUCCUCGUCGUCCGAGUCCCCCAGCGGGCUUAAUAGAUACUACCGGCAAGCGUGGGAAAAUCUGCACGAGGCGGCGGGCUCCGGCCACGGGCAGAGACGACACGGGCGGGAAGCUCCUAAAGACGGCUCCGAGUUGGUGGUGGCCGACGUCUACCCCGCGGCCCACACGAAGGAAAAGCGCAGGCACCACCACCAUCACCACCACCGCGAGCCGAGGCAUCCCGACUGGCAACCCCACCUACCUACCCUAAUAUACUAGCAAUAGGUACAAUAUUUAACUUUAAUUACAAUCCAAAUGUUUAUUUACUAGGUAUAUUGCAUCGUUAUGUGUUAAGAGUGCUCCUUUCGGUAGCACGUGGUCGUGCGUAAGUGUUUCGCUAUUUCGAUCUUCAUUAACACGCGAGACACACUUAAGAACGAGAUGCUUAACGUUUUUAGUUUCAAAAGUGUAACGUUGAUUUAUAAAUGAGGUUAGCUCUAAAUUUUCUUAAUUUGAUUUAAUUUAAAUUUAAAAUAGAGAUGUUUUAAGGGUCAUCAUUUUUAAAAUUAAUAAGUAGGUAUAAUUCCUACUAUAUUUUCUGUCGGGCUUAGAUGAUGGAGAGAUAAAUCUUAUAUGGCUUAAGUUUUAGAUCUAGACAAACAACUAUUUAUUAAAAUUGAAUAUAAUCAAUCUAAUACCUGUGUUUAGAGGAGCGAGUAAGAAAUGGCACUUUAAAACCAGAAAAAGAGUAUUUGCAAACAUUUAUUACCUAAUGUAGGUAAUCUGUCUUAAGAAUAAUUUAAUAUAACUUACUUUUAAAAUAACAUCCUUUCUACGUUCAUAUUAUAGGAUCUAGUUGUCUAGUCUAGAUUGUUGUUUAAAGCUCUGUAGAUAAGUAUGUUAUAGUAGCGUUCUCAUGUUUGCCAGACCAAUUAAUUCCCUUGGUUAGAACUCGCGCUCGAUCCGCUUGUAUGCGAGGUGUCGACUAGCUGUGAAACUUGCAGAAGUCUGCUCUAGCAAGUUCGUACUGUGCAAACACCCGCACCAAGUCAAUGUCUUCAAGUUUUCAGCACAUCAACUUCUACUAAAUUUAGUAGGCAUAGGCUUAACUUACUAGAACUUACAGAAAUUUACUACCUGCAGGUAUUACAUAAAUAUUGCAAUUAAUUUGCCAGAGAUGAGGCUCUGUAAAUUUUAUAGCUAGUGGACACUUCGUUUUAUAUUCUUAUCAAUUUCUUUUUCAGUGUGCUUAGUACGAGUUGGCACAUCUCGACAACGACGUUGAUAGAAUUCGAACAUUGAAACCCUAUAAAGUCAAAGUAAAAUAGACCUAAACUGGAUCGGUUUAAAGUCGUUUAUUUAGUACUACUAAUUUUAGGGUGUUUAAGUCCUUUUUAUUCUGACGUCAUAGUGUUGCGAUGAGAAUGCUAACAACGUUUUCGAAAUAUGCAAACUCACUACUCUGCUAGUCGCUGCUUUCAUAUUUUUCCUAACCAUAAAAAAAUGCUCAUAGACACAGUAAAUGUUAAUCAUUAAUAAAUAACUACUGCUGUCCGCUUGGCAAAGCAUAUUUUUAUGUUAGGUUUAUCCUUUUUACCUACUUUUUUCAUAACCAUUCUCGAUAGAAUCACUAUGAUUUAUAGUUCGUGACAGGCUGGCAUGGCAAUCGUGGCGGGGACGCCCCCCACACCCGCACAGCUUCCGCACUAGCCCGGUGCGGAAUAGCGCGGGUGUGCGGGGCGCCCCGCCACCUCAUUCCCUGAUUGCCAGGUCGAUCUGUCGCGAACUAUACCUACAACUUUCUAAGGAUUGAGUAAGUAGUUCUAAAGAAUGAGGUACAGAUUGGUCCAACAUUCUCGUCAAACGUACAUAGGAACACUUGGCGUUCAAUUGCUAUUAACUCCGCUGGUCGGGUUGCCAAUAAUUUAGUGAUAAAAGUUUGGCCGGCACUUGCCAAACUAUAGGAUAAAAUUGUGUACCGAAACCUGAACUCAAUAAACAAGUGCACCUGUGUGAGAGAGACUGGCUCUGUAUGAGGAAUGAGAGAUCGUAGGAGUACAGUUUGUCACAUUUGAAUUUCGAAAUUUUUUUCCAGCCUAGGAGGCAAAGUGAACUUUUCCACGCAGAUUUUGAACGACAAAGGAAGCCUUUCCAAGCGAGUGAGAUGAAAAGUAGGGAUCUUAUCGAUUGGUCUGCUUAAAAUUGGCUUUGAGCCUAAUAAAUAAAUGAAACUAUAAUACUAUAAAAUACAUUUUUGGUGCUUAGGUACCCAAGUUUAGUAAAUUAUUAGUUUUGCAAGUAAUGUAAUACCAAAAGUUAAUUUGCGUUGUUAAUACAUCCCGCAUCUCGUUCCUGAAUAUGCCCCGCCCGUAAAUCGUGAUUGAAACAGCAUGUACAGUAUGAACACGUGCUACCAAACAGAGCACUCUUAACCAGUUACCCUAAAUUUAAAAUAGGUAGUCCUAGGAAUAUUAAAUUUAAGCGAAAUUAAAAUCGAUAUAAUUUUACGGUAGGCGAAUCAAUUACCUGCUUAUUUAAUCUAAGUUACAAUAAACUCCUAACGCUGUUUCAUGUUUGCUUUUACUAUGAUUACCUUGAUCUUUUCUUAUAUCUAUGAAGAAUUAAAGUUAAAAUUUACAACAGGUGUAUUUUUAGUGCCUUCUUUAUAAUUUUAUUUGUAAAGGUCUAGUACAUAUUGGCUCAUAACACACUCGGCGAACAUGUACCUACCUACAGGGCCAUUUGGCUUAGUUUUGUGGUUUGUCAAGGGAUCUGGCGCAAUUCGCAAAUAUCAUUUACCUACUUGUUGGCCGGCACUUGCCAAACGCUUGAUGCCAAUGUGUCCUGGAGCCAUAAGUUUAAAUUUUUGGAUAGAUUAAUCAUAGAGACCUAUUUGGUAGAAACAAGGAUGCAAUGUAAAUAUAUUUUAAGAUUAGAUUGAAGUUAAUCAUUGGCAAAUGCUAUAGCUUUCGUAAGUAUAUAAAUUGUUACUAUUUAAAUAAUGAUGCUUAAAUUAAGUAGGUACUUAUAUGUUGAUGCUAUCUGUUUCAGCCGAUUAAAGGAAGAUCCUAGGGUUGCCAGAUCUCUUAAUUACUUUCUGAGAAACAGAAUGUGUGGGAUAGAUACACCUAGUGUUAUUGUGUACCUACUGCCGUGCCGACGACGGUUAAUUUAUAGGCAGCCGUAUCAGCUGCUAAAGAUGCCUACGUAAAAACAUUACUCACUUUUACUGUCACCAAACGCCUUAAAACUCGCCAAAAUAACAUAUUUAAUCUUACUUUUAGUGGGAGUCGUAAUUUUUAAUUUAUGAUACCUACUCAGGAAAUAUAAGUAUUAAGUACAUAAAUAAAAAUCUUUAAGUUAUGGGAGUAAUGUUUUUGCUUAGGUACCGUUAGCAGAUGGUACUUUUAAAUUAGCCCUCGGCACAAGCGUACGUUAAAAGCUCACAAACAAUGGAUACCUGUCGUGGUGUGGCGUGACGCGCCGGUUUCAUACUUAGGUAUAUUUAGUUUGGUUACAGAUAGAAACACAAGGUGUCACGACACGCCACGCAACUAUAAUGUGUCUCUAAUUAAACUAAAUGUAUGAAAUCGAUAUCUUUUGGUGCAAUCCGACACGUAAAUGUUUUUCCGCUUUAACAUUACUCUAUCCCACACAUUUUGUGUCUUGGAAAAUAAGUAAGGCUCAAUUUACACUGGAAGAGAAUGGAAGCGAAUUUCUAAAAUACUAUAAAGCAUAUUGGCUUUUAUCUCCACCACGUCAAACACAAAUUUCUCGCCCAAAUGUAAAAUUCGCCGGAAUGCGCGGGAAUUCCCGCGACUUCGCGGGAAUUUUCUUUCUCAGUAGAAAUUGAUGCUUUAUAGUGUGGAGAUAGAAGUCAAUAUGCUAUGUAAUAUUU